UAUAGUGAAGCUGCUUAAUUAAGCUGAUCAUUAUCAUUGUUGACAAGAUUUAAGAUACAAAAUAAUAAGAUGGUUAGGGCAAAUUUAGUGAGCAUGAUUCUGUUGAUGCAUGCCAUUGUUGGGUUUCCUUUUCAUGCGAGGGGCUUAAGUAUGACUUACUACAUGAUGAGCUGUCCUUUCGCUGAACAGAUUGUGAAGAACAGUGUUAACAAUGCUCUUCAAGCCGAUCCCACUUUAUCCGCUGGUCUUAUCCGUAUGUUGUUCCACGACUGUUUCAUUGAGGGAUGUGACGCGUCAAUUCUGCUAGAUUCAACAAAAGACAACACUGCGGAAAAGGAUUCGCCUGCGAAUCUGAGUCUACGUGGCUACAAGAUCAUCGAUGAUGCAAAACAGAAAAUCGAGAAUAGAUGUCCAGGAGUUGUAUCUUGCGCUGAUAUUGUUGCUAUGGCUGCUAGAGAUGCUGUCUUUUGGGCUGGUGGUCCAUAUUAUGACAUACCAAAAGGAAGGUUUGAUGGUAAAAGAUCGAAGAUAGAAGAUACAAGAAAUCUACCUUCGCCUUUUCUCAAUGCCUCUCAACUUAUUCAAACUUUUGGCCAACGUGGCUUCACUCCACAAGAUGUUGUUGCUCUCUCUGGAGCACAUACCCUAGGAGUUGCGCGAUGCUCCUCCUUCAAGGCUAGACUUACCGUCCCAGACUCUUCAUUAGACUCGACUUUUGCAAACACUCUCUCUAAAACUUGCAGCGCGGGUGACAAUGCAGAGCAACCCUUUGAUGCUACGCGCAACGAUUUCGACAAUGCUUACUUCAAUGCGCUUCAGAUGAAAUCAGGGGUCCUCUUUUCGGACCAAACCUUAUUCAACACACCAAGGACCAGGAAUCUUGUUAGUGGCUAUGCCCUUAACCAAGCCAAGUUCUUCUUUGAUUUCCAACAGGCCAUGCGCAAGAUGAGCAAUCUUGACGUUAAACUUGGCUCUCAAGGUGAAAUCCGUCAAAAUUGUCGGAGUAUUAAUUAGCCUAGGCCAUAUCUAUUUACGAUUUUUGUAUCUAUGCUCCCACCUUUAAUUAAUAAUUUCUCUACUCUUAUCAUAAAUAUGAAGAAUCAUGAAUCUCCUAGGCUACCAUGUAAAAUUUGUGUACUAUCGUAAUAUGCAGUUGUAUACACUUAUUGCUUGUGGUUAAAAAACGUAAUAUAUAUAUUUGGUGAUC